CCGCGAUGAUUGGCCGCUGCACGCAGCGCCUCAGCCUCCUUGAAUGAGAAACAGGGGUAACCAGGCAACUUCAGAGCUGCAAAGAGAGAGAGAGAGAGAGAGGGAGAGAGAACGACAGAGGGAGAGGGAGCGGUAGGAAAGAACAACAUCGAGCUUUACGGACAUUUCGAUUCGGGCAGUAAAUUAGUUUUAAAAGAGCGCGCUAAUGUGAUUCCACCUUGUGUGCCCGGUAAAUGGAAUUAACAAAUGGAUUUUCUUCUACACGCUCUCUGCAUGCUCUUCACUUGGCGCGCUCACAUGAAAGGGACGCAGAUAUGGAUUAAAACGCAUACAUGGGACACGCCGCUGGGAAAAAGGUCAGGACCGCACCGAGACGGGGCUUAUUAAGCGUUUCCGGGGAGAUGGCGUUCGCUACAAGGCCAAGCUGAUCGGGAUUGAUGAGGUGACGGCAGCACGCGGGGACAAGCUGUGCCAAGACUCCAUGAUGAAGCUCAAGGGCAUGGCUUCCACGGCACGCUCCAAAGGGGAGCACAAGCAGAGGAUCUUCUUGACCGUCUCAUUUGGAGGGAUCAAGAUUUACUGUGAAAGAUCGGGGGUACUCCAGCAUCAGCAUUCGGUCCAUGAAAUUAGCUACAUUGCCAAGGACACCAGGGACCACCGGGCCUUCGGUUACGUGUGUGGAAAGGAGGGCCACCACAGGUUUGUCGCCAUUAAGACCGCCCAGUCGGCGGAGCCUCUCAUCAUUGACCUGCGUGACCUCUUUACCCUCAUCUACGACAUUAAGCAACGGGAGGAAAUGGAGAAAAAGGCCCAGAAGGACAAACAUUGCGAGCAGGCCGUCUACCAGACCAUCUUGGAGGACGAAGCAGACGAUCCCGUUUACCAGUACAUAGUGUUUGAGGCUGGACACGAACCCCUCCAUGGCCCCCAGUCAGAAGAGAGCGUUUAUCAGGUCCCAACCAGUCAGCAGAAGGAAGGGAUCUAUGAUGUCCCCAAACGCCAUUUCAUGACUAAUAUCAACCACUUCGACCUUUUCGGCGACAUGUCCACUCCUCCUUCGAUGCCCCCUUCACCUGCCAACACACUGGACCCGAGCAGGAGCGGCCGCCAGCAACAGCAGCAGCAGCAGCAGCAGCAACAGCCGCCGCCCAAUCCUGCCGAGAUGUAUGCCCCCUUCAGCCCCACCUCUGUGCCAUCAGGUUAUAUGACCAUGGGCCCCGUGCAGACGUCCCAGUGGGCCCAGCAGCCGUUUCCUGGCCAGGCUCAGACUCUCGCCUUCCCCGUGCAGGGGCCCUUGCAAGUGGCCCAAGUGCUGCCCGGAGGUCAGCCCCUCAUCUGGAGCCAGGCCAACAUUUUCCGAGCCACCCAGCAGCAAUGGGCGGCCAUGGCGGCGUACAUGCCGGCCCAGACUGUGGGGGUGGGGGGGCACGCCAUCCCGGCAGCCGUGCUCCAAGGCUUGGUGCCCAUUACCACCGUGUGCCCCCAAGCCCGCGACCCGUCCGCCCCCUCCUCGGCCAUCGCCAGCCCGCAGCACACGGCCGACCCCGCUCCGCUUCAGAGGCGGCUCAGCCUGGCGAAAGACGGCCUGGGUGUGGACUUGGAUGCGGGGGAGGGCCCGUCGACAUCGGGGGCGGGGCCCAGUGGGGUAUCGGUGAGCAGGUGCGCCACGCCGGGCCUGGUGGGCGUCAACAACAGCGCCGCCUGCAGUCGGCCAGUGUCGCCACCUGCUACCGCCGCAUUGGAAGAUGAAGGCAGUGACCUUGAUCUGUCCCGGAUGACCUUGAGCCCUGCAUCCACUCCGGCGCCUCAACAGAGCUCUUCAUCCGACUGCCCCCCGGGCCAAGUGAACACCAUCCCCACAGACCACCCCCAUGUCGAGCCCGUGGGCGACUCCACCCUUGCCAAGGACGAGCAAUCGGACUCCGCUGUCCCGAGGCCAUCCUCUCCAUUGGCCGGUGUAGCUAGCGAUCCAUCUGAGGAUCAGGCGUGUCCACGGGAAGACAGCUAGAGAACAUCAGAGAAACGGAAGACGCGAAGGUCAAAACUGAAGCUCGAAAGAACUGAAAGAAAAGAGGAAUGGAUGGCUACGACUCAAUUCGAAGGGAUUACAAAAUUGUAACUGUAUUUUUUGUUUUGUUUCGUUUCGUUCUUGUUUACGGCUUGACGUCAAAACGAGCCGGCCGCCUAAUGACCUCCUCACGAUGGCCAGGAGCCCUGUGGCGCUCUCACCCAAUCAAGUAACCUUUCAGCCAGGAAGUGACCUUUCAUCUUCGCCCUGAAAGCGCAAACGGGAGCAAACUGCACUUAUGUCUCUGAUGACAACUCAGACGGCUCACUAAUAAAUCUUUUUUUUUUUUCCAAGAGGAGCAGCGUUCUUAAUGUUUGACCUUCACUCUGUGGACCGCCACCAGCAAGGACCGUGAGAAGAACUGUGCACUGAUGGAUGACGUUUUCAUGGUGUCACCACGUCAGUCCAUUCAUCCGUUUGCAUGAACAAACUUUCAUGUGGAAUUUAGCAGGCUGAGCUGUGGAGAAAGAGGCCAGGUGGGGUGUGGGGGGGCUUUGCAACUUUCUUUCAGGUCAGAAACACAUCAACAGCAUUUUGAGUUUAUUAGUCAGACCGUUCUUGGGAAGAAAAAAAAAUCAACAAAAACGCAUUACGCGUCAAUGUCCAAAUCAAAAUUUCCAAACUCUUUAUUUUGUAGAGAAAAAAAGAUCGCCCCAGCGCCCAGUGGUUAGCCUCUGUGCCAUCCCAUAACGCUCAGUGCACCUCAGCCUUUGACAUCUGGGUGUUUGUUUUUGCUCUUUUGCUGCCAUUUUUCUUUUUUUUUCUUCUGAAAAUGUCUUUAUGUUUGGUUGGUGAGAUAUAAAGUGUAAAUCUGUGUUUUAUGCUCGAUCGAAAUACGGCCUGCUGUACCUGUCUCACUCGUGUUCAGAAAGAAGGGAGGGGUCGUGCACUUGGAAAACAAUGGCGUGAGUCUCGAGGUCUCCUCUUUCGAAAGUCGCAGGCAUUUUUUUUUUGACUGACUCCUGUACGUCUCUUUGUUGUUUUCAUCUUCUGCUUUUUGGAAACACUGUAUGUCCAACCCCCCCACUGGAUCAAACCGCAGAAUUCUUUUUAAAAUUUAUAUCAAUCAAUAGAAAUAUCGCUAUCAACCGCUAGAGUUACAAUUUAAAAUCUGUACCCCCCUUGCUUGUGUAAGAAAACAUGAAAUAGUCCAAAAUAUUUUGUAAAUUUUAUUUAUGGAUUUAAGAAAUAUGAAAAAAAAGGGACUUUUGUAUCGAUUCCCCCCCCCCAUACACUGUACCUGUGCCACUGUUAAGUCACAAAUAAAAGAAAAUGUGAUUGCCAAUGUACUUCA